CACAAUUACAGAUAUCCAAAAUAAUUGUUACGUACAUUCACAGCUCGUGUUCUUCAACGUUAUUUUGGUCAAUCAUCUGUCUUUAUCAUUUUGAAGUAUGUCCUCAUGAUUUCGAAUGAACAGUUACCUGUCAUAACUGAGGAAAUACUGUUGGACAUACUGAGUAUGCAACCACUCAUAAUGUCCAUGUCAUCUCUGUAUGACCAUGACCUGAUUAUGUGAAUGUAAGUGUGACUAUAACACGUGUGAGCUAGUGAUGUUGACAGAUGUGAGUAGCGUGUAUUAUCAAUCGAAAGUGAAAUACCUGAAACAGGAGGUUGAGAAGAUCAAACAGAAGAGGGUGCAAACAGAGACUGAUUAGUGUGGAACCAGAAGCACAAUGAAUUCUGAGACGAUUGAUUGACAUUUGCAGAAGGAACAGUCAAGUUUGAGACGAUGAAUUGACAUUUUGCAAAUGCAGUAUAUACGUAAUGGUUAUCAGAUAUUUUCAAAAGAUAGUCUGUAAUUUUCUUCUCAAAUACACUUGUGUUCUCGUUCACUACAUCACAAUUACCACUAACAAAUGCAUAAACAUACAUCAAACCAAAUUUUAACUACUUAUAAUGACAAGUUGUAUACUUUUGAAUUUGAUAAUAAAAUGAAGCCGAACCAUAGUGACAAUGAUAAUGUUGAUGAUGUGAUUCAUUAGUGCUUCUGAAUUAAAAAUGCACAGUACAAUGAAUAAAUUAAUUCAGAUGAAUCCCAAUUAAUUUUACUAUUUCACUUGAUAUUCUGUGAAAAUUCACAUUGAAAGUGAAAGAUACAUUGACUCACAUUUAUUACCAGUACAUACAGCAUACACAAUAUCAUCAUCUCAGUGAACAAUAUUGAAAUGUUAUUGUCAAGUGAAUCUUGGACUAAAAUAUUCAUCCUGUGCAAUUGUAGUUUUGUAGUAUUCGGUGUUGUUCUGUUAACACUCGGAAUUCAACCACAAAUCACAUUAAAUCAAUUCAGAAAUAUACUACAAAAUGCGAAACCAGAGAUCUUCCUGGUUGUCAGUAUCUCAGGUGGUCUCGGUGUACUAGGAUCAUUUGUUGGCAUUUAUGGACACUCGAAGAAACAGAAAGUGAUCAUAUAUUUGAACAUUUUCGUUUUGUUUAUCGUGACUUGUGUGUGGAUCGGUAUGGCAUCAAAAGUAGCUUUAACGGAAGACAGGUUCCUUAAUUUAGUUAAUAGCUCGCUGAGUUCUACUGUUAAAGAAUAUGAGAAACGAGUUGAUUAUCACAUGGAGUUUGAUGAAUUACAAAAAAGUUUUUACUGCUGUGGAGCAAACUCGGAGAAUGAUUAUCGACAUCCACAAUAUACUAGGUCAGUACUAACACCUGAUUCAUGUAAAUACGACAGAUUCGCAUAUCCUAAAGGAUGUGUAUCAGCGAUAAUUGAAUAUACACAAACUUAUCUAAAUAUCAUCAUGUAUCUAUGUUUCACAUUCGGGAUUAUUCAAGCGCUCUACUUGAUAUUGUCAAUUAUGAGAAUACGUAAAUUUGAAGGUGACGAUUUUCUAUCUGCAUAAUGGUCUUAUUGAGACCAAAUGUUAAGAAGAUAUUCAAUGGAACCUAAUGUCAAUCAAACAACCGAAUCAUUGACUAUUCAUUACUCAUUCUAUUGUCAUUUGAUCUUACUUAUUUGUACACCAUUAUACACUAUUCUCAUCAACUGAAUAAUGAAUUUCUUCAUUAUUUUCUUUGUUUAAAUCAACUUGUUACUGGGAGGUAUUUCGAAAGAAAACAAACACAAAAUGAGAAACGUUUAUUCUCUUUAACACAAUCGAUAGGAAAUUUCAACUAGAGUAUAUCAGUCAAUCAGAUCCGAAGUGUUCAUACAACGAAUACAAGGUACUUGAUCGAAAGUAGAUUAUCAUUAUUAUUAUUAUCAUAAGGUAUUGAUUAGAUUUCAAGAUAGAUGGUUGUCAUCUCUUCAGAGUGUUUAUUGUGAAGGUGUAGUUGCAAUGAUAAAUCGAUCUAGUUGUGGUUAUUGAGAGUUGCAUUAUGAUUUUAUGAUGGAAGGUCAUUGGUUUACUAUAAUACUGAGAGCAUUGUGGAUUGAUUGAGCUUUAGAAGUAAAACGAUAGGUGUAUUUUUCUUUGAAAUUCUAUUUCUGACAUUUUGUUACAAUAUCUGUUGAGCAUAGUUGGAGAUGUGAAAACCACUUAAUAUGUAUACUUAUUUUACAGGAUUAUAAUAAUACUCACUUAGUAUUGUUUUGCUUGUAUUUUCCCAUAGAGGUUUUUAAUUGGAAUUGAUCUGUCUGUUUGUAGCAUAUGUGCAUACUGUGAGUAUGCCUCGAUAUUUCUUUAAUUCAUAAGCUUUUAUAAGCAAAGACUGAUAAUGGCUAGCAGUUUGAUGCGCGUUUAAUCCUAUUUGGGACUCGUCAACUGGAAGUACCUACAUCUCAGAGUUGAUGUUCACUCUGAUAAUAAUACUGAUUAAUAACUUCUGUUUGAUAUAGUGACAGCAUUGAAAAUGAAUUCCACAAAGAGAGAAGACUUCGCUUAACCAACCUUUCAUGUUUUAUGGCUUAUAGCUGCAUUCCGUUUAUAAUAUUCAAAAAGGUAAAACUAAAUUCCAACUAAUACCAUCUAAUAAUUACUAUUUGUAUGUAUGUAUGCAUGCACAUUGUGGAGGUUACCUAAGCUGCGUGCAAUCUACAUUUUGAACAUAGAACUAUAAUUCAUUAGUUUAGUGAAGAAUUUAUUUAAUGUAGAGGUAAAGAUGAAGGUUGAGCGAAAUCGUUACUUGGAAAUUUCAUCACAGUUUUACAUUUUAUCAAGAUGUAUUGAAUCUUACUACUGAAAUACCGAUUCAUCCUGUCACGUUUGGUUCUAUGUAAAUCAGUGAGAAAUCAGUGAUGUUAUCAUUCACUCUAAUUGAUGAACAAUGAUGAGAUUUCAAAAUUGGCUUCCGCAAUGCCAAAAUAUCUCAUAAUCCAUGCAGUGUGGAUUGUGUAAUGAAAGGCUCUAAAAUUAUGUAAACUAGUUGGUACUACAAAUAUCACAGUUCCAAUUCCCUUCUCAAAGAAAAUUGCAUAGCACUGAAUCCACCAACCAAUAACAUUCAAAGCAAUUGGUUUAUGGAAUUCAUUACUAAUUAUUGAUCGAUUAAUAUGGAAUGUUGUGUUUUAUUGCCUAGUUGAAUGUUCAACACUUCCAUAACUGACAUGGAUUGUAACUUGAAGAGAACACACAUUCCUACCAUACGUCAGUGAAUUUACAAUAAAUGUUUCACAAACCAAUCAAGCAAAUAAUGAAUAAUCUUGAUUGUGCGUUAAAAUGCCCCAGUCACAAACACAUUCACUUCCAUGAAUGUUCAGUCCGUAUGUGAACUCCUGUUUAACACGAGAAAUCAUAAAUACAUAUCGACUAUUGAAUAUCUCAAUAUCUCGAAUUCGCUGAGCUCACAAAUGUAAAAAUCUUCUGAACAUUAGUCGCUACUGAUUAGGAUGAAUAAGUUGAGCUUCAUUUCUCUCUGUUCAGACUACAAUGAUGACGAUUCCACAUAUGUUGAUAUUUUGAACCGUGUAAAUAUAUUAGAUUUACCGGUUGAUAGAGUGAGAAUGAUCCGUGAUGAAUAUAGUGAAUUCUCUAUUGUCGUCUCAUUGGAAGGAACUGUGACGAAAUUAUUAUCGUUUUUAUUGUUAACAUUUAGUGUCGCUGUCAAAGAGGAGGUGGAGAUGGUGCUGUACUGUGGAUUCCGUUGUUGGGUCUAGAGAUGAGUAUUAAGUUGGUGUUGUCUGUUGCAGUUAGUAGACGUCUAGUGGAGUGAUCUGGUGAGAUGAUAUUGUUUGUGAUGUUCAGUGUUGAGAAGAGAGAAGACGCGAGACGUUUGAGUGCAGGAUGGACAUCGCACUGAGAUUGUCUGUGAGUUGGGGACAGUUAUAUAGCUCAGAGUGUCGACGGAAUCCACAUUUCGAUGAGGAACAAGGCAUAGAAUGCGACAAGGAGGAAAGGUGCACUAUGAGAAGAACGACUGAAGGAGCGACUGUUUAAAGAGGGAACAAGUGUGGUGUAUGUUAAUGAGGCUGACAGAUAUAAGUAGUACGUGGCAGCGAUUGGAG